AUGGGAAGAGUAUCAGAUGAACAUGCAGUUUUGGCGAACGGAUCCCGAUUCCUGCAAUUCCAAAGUCCAGGCCUCCACAUGUAUUACUCUUUGGAGACGAUCGAAAUGGCGCAGCGACAUGGACUGUACGUAUUGGUAGCUGAUGGCGUGCAUGAUCUGCAGCCUGAUGCUACCAACAGAAAAGGACAGCUAUACACAGUCCAUGGUGUUUGUAACAACACCAUCGACGUGCCGCUUCUGUACGCCAUAACGACGUCGAAGAAUGAAAGGACGUAUGAGCUAAUCUUCAGACAGCUAAAGGAAGAACUGCAACGAGUUGGAAAUGUGGAGGGUCUGAGGAUUGUGCUGGAUUUUGAACGAGCUUCCAUAAGCGCAGCUCGGAAGGUGUUCCCUACUGCUUCGAUUGAAGGAUGUGGGUUUCAUUUGGCUAUGGCCUGGAAUAGGAAAAAGGAUGCGCUUGGUCUGAGGAAGUACAUCACUGGUGCUCAUCGGGAUCGGCAAGUCUUGCUAUGGUGGAACGCGGUAAAGGGAGCUAUCUUCCUACCCCCUCACCUCCAUAGAAGACUGCCUGCCUUGCAUCGGCCUGAUGUUCCACGGUCCCACGAGGCCUACGAGAAGUGUUCUGAGUUCCUAAGGUACCUGACUUCAACUUGGUACGAGGGGCACUUCAAAGGCAUGUGGAACAAGUGGGGCAUCAUGGACACCAGAACCACAAAUGCAGCAGAAGCCUUCCACAGGUAUACAAUAUGGGUAUAG